AUGAUCUUGUCCAACGUGAGCCUGAGCGGCUGCGCAGGGGUCAACAGCGCGCUUUGUGCUGGAGCCGGGGAAGGACACCUGGGGUCCAGCUCAUACCGGACUUCCCUCACCCCGACCGGGCACCUGGUUGUGGCUGUGUGCUUGGGCUUCAUCGGCACUUUUGGACUCCUGAACAACCUGCUUGUGCUUGUGCUGUUCUGGCGCUAUAAGAUGCUGCGGUCCCCCAUCAACCUGAUCCUGAUUAACAUCUCCAUCAGCGACCUGCUGGUGUGCGUACUGGGGACUCCGUUCAGCUUCGCGGCCAGCACGCAGGGAAGAUGGCUCAUAGGAGAAGGAGGAUGCGUUUGGUACGGCUUCGCUAAUUCCCUGUUUGGCAUCGUGUCUCUGAUCUCGCUGGCUGUCCUGUCCUAUGAGCGCUACAGCACCAUGAUGACACCCACAGAGGCCGACUCUUCCAACUACCACAAGGUUUUCCUGGGCAUCGCUCUGUCCUGGGGCUACUCCCUGGCCUGGACCAUGCCGCCGCUCUUUGGCUGGAGCCACUAUGGACCCGAGGGGCCUGGGACCACCUGCUCUGUCGACUGGACGGCCAAGACAGCAAAUAACAUAUCCUACAUCAUCUGCCUGUUUGUCUUCUGCCUGAUUGUGCCAUUCCUGGUCAUCGUGUUCUGCUAUGGCAAGCUCCUGUGUGCCAUCAAACAGGUGAGUGGCAUCAAUGCAGCUCUGAGCAGGAAGCGGGAGCAGCGGGUGCUUUUCAUGGUGGUGAUCAUGGUGGUCUGCUACCUGUUGUGCUGGCUGCCCUAUGGCAUCGUGGCGCUGCUCGCCACCUUUGGGCCCCAAGGCCUGGUCACACCCGAGGCCAGCAUCAUCCCCUCCAUCCUGGCCAAGACGAGCACAGUCGUCAACCCAAUCAUCUAUAUGUUCAUGAAUAAGCAGUUCUACAGAUGUUUCCAGGCGCUGGUGCAUUGUGAGGCUCCCCGACGAGGCUCCAGCUUCAAGAGCUCCUCCAAGGUCGCCACCAAGGUCGUCCGUGGCGGGACGGGUGCCGGUCCCCGCCGAACCAACGACAACAACUUACCCUUCCUGGUAGCAUCUCUGGGCCAACCAACCGCUACAGUCCCCCAGUUUGCCACCCCCGCUGAACCCACCAUUGACGCCACCGAAGGGCCUACCUCUGACAUCAACAAACCUGUCGUUGUGUCACUAGAGGCCAAAUAUAACGGUUGA